AAUGAAGAAAGUCAAGAAAUGCCAUUUUUUCAACACAAUCUAACGACGUUAUGGAUUGUCGAAACUUUAGAUGAUAGUCCUUCAAGCAGUCCAACAUCUAGUGACGAUUCCAAAAUUUCACGUCCUUUCAAAGCCUUACCAAAAAACUCUUUGGAAUUGGCUGUAGCUGAAAGCUUUUACACUGGAGACCAUACAGCAUUAGCCUAUGCUCAAUACCGUCACCAAUGCCUAAGCCAAAUGAAGCACAAAGCUGAUUCAAGCUUGAAGGAAAACAUGAAAAGGAUUCUCAGAGCCAAAACCGACGAUUCUGGUUAUUUGGAGAAGAGGAAAAGGAAUAACGAAGCUGCUAAAAGGUCUAGAGAAGCUAGGAAAGCCAAGCAAGACGAGCUGGCUAUAAGGGUGACUUUUUUGGAACAAGAAGCUUUGACUUUGAAGAUGCAGCUUGCCCAAAGUUUACGAGAAAUGGAUGUUUUGUUGGGAGCUUAUUAUUUGUAG